CAGAUCUAUUUUUGGACGAAACUCAGCCCCUCACAAACUUUGGUCCAUUUCGCCAAUGAUGACACUGCUUCUAGACUGUACCACAGGACUUUAAGCUGUAGCAGCGCAAACAAGAGUCAAGACAAAUGUCCGCUGCCAGCCGCUGCUGGACCAACCCCCUCGCCCGUUUCAGCGGGCAUGAAUUUGUACAUCCAGUGACCCAGCAAAAAGUAGCCUCGGUACAGCCAGAAGUAGCAACAUCUCGCAAAAGGGGAUCCUUGUCUGAUUGGUGGCUGGACCACAUGACACUUGUUGGAAAAGGAAGGACCAAAGGUGCCAUCGUCGAGGGCCCAGAUAGAUGAAGAGAUUGAAGCCUGGGCUGCACACAAUCCUGUUAGUAACAAAAAAAGAAGGAAAAAAUGCUGUCCCAUUUGUCCAUAUGCCCAGCUGAGCGCCAGAACCCAUUUAUACAUCUGGGUAGUGAGAAUGAUAAACAAUGACCAUGUUGGAUGUCGUUGGAACUUCUGAAUUGGGAGUGUUUCUGCUGAGUGGAGGAGCUCUUCUGGGACUGAUUGUCUCUCUAUUGGCCUGUGCAUGCUGCUAUAAAAAGAACUUUGGAUUCAAGGAAUUUAAUGACAGCAACAGCAUAACAGACUCAGAACACCAUGACAGUGACUUCAAUGUGUUCUCACCUCAUGAUACAACCAGACAAACUUCGAGGGAGUCCAUAAAGUUUGAUCCAUUGCCUGAUCCGUCUGCUCUGCCGGCUGAUAAUGUAGCAACGCUGAGGCCGAGAAUUGCACCUUUGAAUAAGGAGAGGCUUGGUACAGAGGCCCUUCUAGAGUCUUUCAACUAUGAGUUCUCAAGAACGCAGCUCCAGUUCAUUAGAGAAAUUGGUACAGGCUGGUUUGGAAAGGUUUUGCAAGGGGAGGCCCAGAAAAUCACUGUUGGCCUGAGGAAGUCCAAGGUUGUAGUAAAGGUGCUUGAUAUGGAAGCCUCCGGUCAGGAUAAGAUUGACUUCCUGCUUGAUAACUCCCCGUACAGGGAACUUGACCAUGCAAAUGUUGUGCGUCUUCUUGGUCAAUCUACACAGGAUAUGCCAUUCCUCAUGAUAAUGGAGUACUUCACCUUGGGAGACGUCAAGACAUAUUUGCUGAAGCGCCAAAAUGAAGCAAACAACUUCAGCGAACGGCGGAUCCUGGUGAAGCUUGCCUGUGAUAUGGCUGCGGGCUUGCACUGUUUACAUUAUCAUCAUUUUGUACACAAUGACUUUGCUCUGAGAAAUUGCAUGGUUGCUAUGGACAUGUCAGUCAAAGUUGGGGACUAUGGUAUAUCGGAAGACCUUUACAAGGAUGAUUACUAUGGUCCUGUCGAGUAUCUAGUCCCAAUCCGAUGGUCAGCCCCAGAGACUGCUCAGGUCAUCGGAGACCAGGUCCUUAUCCAUAAUAUGACAAAAGAGGCAAAUGUAUGGUCAUUUGGAGUGACACUCUGGGAGCUUGUGUCGCUAGGAGGCCAGCCCUACCCCGGGAUGACAGAUCAAGACGUGAUCAAGAAUGUUCUCGUUGAACGGAACACGAAGCCGUCAGUUCCUGUGACAAAAAUCAAAGACAAAGAAAGAAUGUAUGAGAUAAUGCAGUUAUGUAUGGGUGAGCCCAGCCAGAGGCCUACUAUGGCAGAAGCCCAUAAACUGCUUCAACAUCUUCAAGAAUCACCUUUCGAGUUGGAUGAAUUUGAUGAAAAAUGGAACAAACUUCUUCCCAAGUCUGACUCUGCAACUGAGAAGAUUCAUUCGCAUGGUUCACCACAUUUCCCCAUGAACUUUGAUGAUAACAAUAUUCAUGACAGUGAUGAUAUUGAGAAAGCUACGCUUGGUCCAUCGAGGUUAAGUUUCACGCAAGGAUUUGAGAUUGACAGUAAAACUGGUUUCAAAGCUGAGGAGGAGAGUUCGAAUAAGGUGAUCGUGAACCCGUCAUUUGAAGAUGGGGAGGAUGACAUUGAUCAGUUUAUUGAUGAAAUGUCUACCCCUGUUGCGACGCAAGAAGUUGGUAAUUAUAAUUUGUCACCAGAGUUGGAUCGAGAGGUCACCAAAGUUGAAAGGAGUGGAAUAGGAAGUGAUUUUGGUGAAGGAUUUGACACAACUGUAUUGCCAAUUUCUGACUUUGAUAUGAGGCAAAAGAGCGACAGUCUUAGAAACUCUGUACACAUGCUUGUUUCUAAGUCGCCCUCUGAGGAUCAUGUAGAAAUUGACAUUUUAGAUAAGUCGGACUUUGAAACAUCGCGAGCGGAGAGUUUUAUGACAGCAGGCAGUUCACCUAUUAAAUCGGAUUCAUAUUCUGCGGGUGACUUUGAGACGCCAGUUGGUUCUAUCGACAUGAAUGAUACAGAAUCAGGACUCCGGGAAAUCGAAAGAUCAGAAGACCAAGUCAUUAUGCCUGGAAGAUGCAGGGUAUCUUCCAGUAGCGAGUCAGAACAUGAUGUUACGGCUACCUUACGGCGGAGAGAGUCGGUCGAUAGCGAACAUAGUAGUGGAUCCGCGGCGGAACGUAUAACCCAGCUUCUGAGCGAGAUUGCACCACCGCCAUAUAGCCCAAGCAAGUCACCAGGAGCUGAAGAUGAUGGAGAUGAUCAAUUUGACUUUGACAACAGCCUCACUGUGGAUUACAACGCUGAGGAGGACGAGACUGAUAUCACAGAAGUCGUCGUUAGGCGUAAGCAUGGAACUGUUUCAGAUCCUUCACAACGUAGUGGCCUGGUCGAGCCUGAUGAGGAAAUGCCCGAGUCUGGAUUUAUGCACUUGAAAGACAUUGAUGCUAAUGCUCAUGUCCAUAACAAGGAUACGGAGGACUUGUUGGAUGAGGUUGGAGAGGAGAAUGGCAUGGGAGGGGAACAACUGCUGACAGGUUCAGAUGGCAGAACUUACCGUCGCAAGAGUUUGAUCAAGCCACCUGAUCAACUGAGUUUGUCAACAAGUGGUAAUCAUAAGAGGGUUUCCUUUACUGAGACAGAGAAUCUUGUACAGGUUCACACGUAUCCAAAGGAAGGAUCAGGGAGUGAUAUGGACGGUGAUGAUGAAGAUGAUGAAGCUAAGCCAGCGUACCUUUCCAUCUUGGAAACGUUACGCAAAGCCAAAGUGAAGAAACAACGCAACAAUGAAUCUGAUAACGCUACCAAAUUUGUCAAUAAAAGAGGUAACCGCAAUGCUGUGAUAAUCGAUUUUGAUAAGUCCUCCAAGCCAGAUGAUGAGGCACUGACAGGUGAGGACCUAACGGAUACCAAGCCAAAUGAUCUUGAUGACGAUAUGGCUAUGCUGAUCAUGUGAUUUCUCUCUGCCUAUUGUUGAAAGGGAAACAUACCAAGUUGAAUAAACUUGAUAACAUCAAGAUCUUUUUAAGACCAGUCUUAAUUUAUUCUUGAUAAAUAUAGGUCAUGUUGUUCUUGGCAUUGACGAGUGCUGAUAUUUUGGUUUCCUAUCAGUAUAUGUAAACUGCUUGACCCCUGAAGAACGCAUGAAGUGUGCUUAGUCAUGAUUGGUGUCAAGUAUGAUGAACCACUGGACCCUAAUGUGUGUGGAAGCACCAAAAAAGUGCCGAAAGUAUCUUUUCAUAUUUGUGUUACAAGUACAUAUUUGACACCGUCCGUCUGUUUCACUUGAGGCUGAUGAGUUUAUGUUUAUGUUUAAAAAUAUUCUAGACAUGUAUACUUCUGUGUGUAUAGAUGACAGAACCUUGUGUGUUUAUGUUUUGUGAAUUUCUUGCUUACUUGCUUGUGUGUAAAUGUUAUUGUUAUUUUAUUCUGGGUGAUACACACACAGACCUCUAAAUCUAAUAGGGAACUAGUGAAAUAGUGAAUGAAACUAUUUGCAGCAUUUGAACACCAAGAAGUGUCUGUUAAUUUGGUCUCCUCCCUAUGUUUACAUGUUCUCUGUGCAACCUUAGUCAUUUUAUUCUUGACUGUACAUUAUAUAUGUUGGCCUAACAUCAAAAUUAUUAGCCCACCCAUAUGAGCUAUGUAAACUAUGGUGUAAGUAAACAACAGACAGUUGUUGGUAAAUUUGAUUUGACACCUAAAAAAGGCCAUAUUCAUGUAGGUGUGCGCUAGAUGUAUUGGAUGUAUUUCAAUAGUGUGUUAUUUAGUUACGUCAUUUAGCUUAGUUUUUUGCUUAAUUAUUAUUGCCAUUAAAGACUUUUGCCAUAUCAAUAUUUAUACAAAUUAGUCAAUCAAAUGUAUAGAAAUGAUCAUUUUGUAAAAGCCAUAAAUUCUGUUCAAUUGUAUUGACUAAUCGAAAUGUUUCAUUAAUUUUUGUUAAUUUUAUCUUUAUUCGUGUACACAUAAAGUGUUGUAUCUAAAUUAAAUUUGUGACAUUUAUCCUAGUAAAA